CGAGUCUGUGGCUGUGUGGCUGUCACAGCCACCCGAGCGCAGGGUGCUGCCACUCUCCUGUGAAGCCAUAGGAAAUGUUUCGCGAUUCAAGAUAAGAAAGACCUUCACUUCCUCCUUCUGCGCUUGCAGGGCUGAGCUGCCACCGAGGCUGCACCGUCCACCCCACCAGCCCACUCGCGAAAUGGACCAGGAAACCCUGGGAAGUGUUGUCCUGCUCGCCAUCGUCACUUUGAUAAGUGUUGUCCAGAACGCUUUCUUUGCAAGCAAACUGGAGCAUGAAAGCAAACACUGCAAUGGCAAAGGGUUCCAGCGGCCGGGAUCUUCAGCCUUUGACCGCGUCUACACGGCCAACCAGAACUGCGGACACGCGUACCCGACGUUUCUGGCCGUGCUCUGGUGCGCCGGCCUUCUCUGCAGCCAAGCUCCUGCCGCCUUUGCCGGCCUGAUGUACUUGUUUGUGAGGCAGAAGUACUUCGUGGGCUACCUCGGGGAAAGGACUCAGAGCACUCCCGGUUACUUAUUUGGAAAGCGCAUCAUUUUGUUCCUGUUCCUCAUGUCCGUGGCUGGAAUACUCAACUACUAUCUCAUCUUCUUUUUUGGAAGUGACUUUGAAAUGCACAUAAAAACGAUAACCAGCGCGAUCUCUCCAUUGCUGCUCAUCCCCUAACUCCCUGCAGCGCUGAGGGGGUCAGCGUGCUUAAUAUAUCCAUACCCAGAAGCAGCCAUAAUUCAACUGUUUAAGAAAUGAACCCGUAACCCUUUUAGAUUGCUGUAAAUCUCAUGCUUGAUGGGCUUUGUAGUUUGAUUUAACCUUGCUUUUUCCUUCAGGAAAAAGAUUUAUCGUGAGCAUUUGGCACGCCCAAGGAAUGGUAACAACUUCCAGUUAAUUCUUUAGAGUUUUUUUUCCCUAAACUGCAGCUUGCAAGCUGAUUGCAUGGCUGGUAGAGGCAUCGUAUGCUUGCUUCAUAGCUGUGUUGUACUUAGCUUUUGUCCCAAAACCCAGGAGCCUCUCAGCGUCGUUCCUGACCGAUGGCUCCAGCGCAGGCACGGCCUUUUGCCUGCGUCCCGCAUGCCCCUGCCCAGGCAAAGGCAUGGACCAGACCCUUCUCCUACCCCUUCCCUCCCACUUGUUGAUGACCGAGCUCCUGCUGCUGCAGGAGGGCAUCCAAUUUGCCCCUGUCUGGUCUUCCUUGAUAAAUAUUCAUGUGCAUAAUGCUCCCGACACUGAUCUCAUUUACGCAUCGGCCUUUUUUGUUCCCCCAGAGCUGUGGAAAGGGGUCUUGCGUACAUAAGGAGCUGGCGUAUCGACUGGUGGGGUUGGUUUUGUUUUGCUUGGCUUUGUUUAAUAAAACAGUCUAAAAGGAGGAAAUCUGUUUGCUCCCAUCUUCUUUGCCUGCUGCGUGAUCCCAGUGCUCCACGGCUCGGCAGCUGGCCGGGGAGCGGAGCACAGGGAGCAGCACCGGGCUCUUCGUGAGAGCUGCUAAUUGCCCUGGGCAUGACCUCGCCAGGACAAGAAUUUAACAACUCCCCCUCUAUUAGCAAGUUCAAUUUUCUGCCUCCAUCGCUAACAAUGUGCCCCUACAAGUCCUUACCGAGGAGCGGUUUGAUUAGAGAAAUGGACCGAGGUAGGCAAACAGGCGAGCGCAAUCUUUUUAAACAUUGCUACCCUAUGAGUGCUUAAGCUCUUAAGCCUGCCUGAUUACUGCAUGGAGGAUGGAUAAAGCUGUAUUUUAUGACUCCUUUGGGAGGGACAGAGACUCCUUGCUGCAUGAG